AAACAUGUGGGCCGACGGAGCCCUAUUUUAAACGCACUAUAAAUAUAUUAGGUUUCAGCUCCACUCGUCUCUCUUUUCCCUCAGCCGUUAAAGAAGAAGCCCUAAUCCUCAUUCGAAGUCUACAACUUUCGUCUGCUGGUCUUCCUUCUCUCUCGGUAAUAAUGGUGCGUGUGAGUGUUCUGAAUGAUGCGCUUAAAAGCAUGUAUAAUGCUGAGAAACGGGGGAAGCGUCAGGUCAUGAUAAGACCGUCUUCUAAAGUUAUCAUCAAGUUUCUUCUUGUUAUGCAGAAGCACGGAUACAUUGGGGAAUUUGAGUUCGUUGAUGAUCAUAGAUCAGGGAAAAUUGUUGUUGAACUGAAUGGGAGACUCAACAAAUGUGGUGUCAUAAGUCCUCGUUUCGAUGUUGGUGUCAAGGAGAUUGAAGGUUGGACUGCUAGGUUACUACCCUCCAGACAGUUUGGAUUCAUUGUGUUGACAACGUCUGCGGGAAUCAUGGAUCACGAAGAGGCCAGAAGAAAGAACGUUGGCGGUAAAGUGCUUGGUUUCUUUUAUUAAGUAAUGUUGUGAGAUUGGUUUUUCUUCUUUUUGGUAUUUUCUGCACUUUUGAACUUAGAUGGGAAGCAGUAGAGAGUUGUGUUUUGUUUUUAGUUGCUGUUUUGGUUGGUGGGAGGAUACAGGAUUUGACCUGCAUUCUUUUUGAAGACUUUGAUAUUGUUUAAUGAGCCCUUUUUCUCAAUCUAUGAGUUUUAUUUGUUUGCCAUACUGAAACUGAAAUUGCUAUAGAGUCAUCAAGCUUCAGAAUUGAUUGCAAUUUUCUCAGACAGCAA